CCAACAUGGCUGACAGCAUCCCGUUAAACCCAGUGCGGAAAAACUCGAAGAAAAUUGCGUAUUACAAUGCUGGCAGAGCUGCUAGGUACCAGUCAGAAGACGAGCCCUCCAAUCUGGACGAGAUGCCCCUGAUGAUGUCUGAAGAAGGCUUUGAGAACGAAGAGAGCGACUACCACACGCUGCCGCGUGCCCGCAUUAGCCAGAGGCGCAGAGGCCUUGGCUGGUUCCUGUGCGGUGGCUGGAUGACCCUCUGUGGGAGCUGCUGCGACUGUAUCUUUCACUCCUGUCGGCGGAAGAAGGAGCUGAAGGCUCGCACCGUGUGGCUCGGCUGCCCAGAGAAAUGUGAAGAGAAACACCCCAAGAACGCCAUCAAGAACCAGAAGUACAACAUCUUCACCUUCAUGCCAGGGGUUCUCUACCAGCAGUUUAAAUUCUUCCUCAAUCUGUACUUCCUGGUGGUGGCAUGCUCUCAGUUUGUACCGUCUCUGAAGAUUGGGUAUUUGUACACCUAUUGGGCCCCAUUGGGCUUUGUGUUGGCUGUAACUAUGAUGAGGGAGGCUGUUGACGAGGUGCGGCGUUACACGAGGGAUAAAGAGAUGAACUCUCAGCUGUACUGCAAACUCACUGUUAGAGGUAAAGUCCAAGUGAAAAGUUCAGACAUCCAAGUUGGAGACCUCAUCAUUGUUGAAAAGAAUCAGAGAAUUCCUGCAGAUAUGAUUUUCCUGAGGACAACAGAGAAAACUGGCGCUUGCUUCAUCCGGACUGAUCAGCUGGACGGAGAGACGGACUGGAAGCUGAAAGUGGCCGUGGCCUGCACACAGAGACUGCCAGCAUUAGGGGACCUGUUCUCCAUCAAUGCCUAUGUCUACGCCCAGAAGCCCCAACUGGACAUCCACAGCUUCGAGGGCAACUUCUCCAGGGAGGACUGUGAUCCAACCAUCCACGAGAGCCUGAGCAUUGACAACACUCUGUGGGCCAGCACUGUGGUGGCGUCAGGCACUGUCAUCGGGGUGGUGAUCUACACAGGCAAAGAGACCAGAAGUGUGCUGAACACCUCCCAGUCCAAAAAUAAGGUGGGGCUGCUGGACCUGGAGCUCAACCGUCUGACCAAGGCCCUCUUCCUGGCCCAAGUGGUGCUCUCCGUUGUCAUGGUAGCGCUGCAGGGCUUCCUCGGGCCCUGGUUCCGUAACCUGUUCCGUUUUGUGGUGCUUUUCUCUUACAUCAUUCCAAUCAGUCUGCGGGUGAACCUGGACAUGGGGAAGUCUGCAUAUGGCUGGAUGAUAAUGAAGGAUGAGAACAUCCCGGGAACAGUGGUGAGAACCAGCACCAUCCCAGAGGAGCUCGGCCGCCUCGUCUACCUGCUCACAGACAAAACAGGCACGUUGACUCAGAAUGAGAUGAUCUUUAAACGGCUGCACCUGGGCACUGUGUCUUAUGGGACAGACACAAUGGACGAAAUCCAAAACCACAUCGCUCAGGCUUACGCACAGAAGUCCAGCGGUGACGGCAGCGGUGGAGCAGGUGGUGGAGGCAGCGGCACCAGCACCACGUCCGCUCCCGGAGCCACGCCGCCCCGCAACAAGGUCCAGCAGCCAGCAGCGCCCAAGGUCCGCAAGAGCGUGAGCAGCCGCAUCCACGAGGCCGUGAAGGCCAUCGCGCUGUGCCACAACGUAACGCCUGUCUACGAGUCCCGUGCCAAUGGCGCCAACGGCGAGGCAGAGGCCGCCGAGGCUGACCAGGACUACAGCGACGACAACCGCACCUACCAGGCCUCCAGCCCAGACGAGGUGGCCCUGGUGCGCUGGACAGAGAGUGUGGGCCUGACGCUGGUGAACCGCGACUUGACCUCCCUGCAGCUGAAGACACCCUCGGGGCAGAUCCUCACCUACUUCAUCCUGCAGAUCUUCCCCUUCACCUCCGAGAGCAAGCGCAUGGGCAUCAUCGUCAGGGAAGAGGCAACGGGUGAAAUCACUUUCUACAUGAAGGGGGCCGAUGUUGCCAUGGCAAGCAUUGUGCAGUACAACGAUUGGUUGGAAGAAGAGUGUGGGAAUAUGGCCAGAGAGGGGCUUCGUACUCUUGUGGUUGCCAAGAAAUCUCUGUCAGAGGAGCAGUAUCAGGACUUUGAGAACCGCUACACCCAGGCCAAGCUGAGCCUGCACGACCGCGCACUGAAGGUGGGGGCGGUGGUGGAGAGCCUGGAGCGGGAGUUGGAGCUGCUCUGUCUGACCGGCGUGGAGGACCAGCUGCAGGCCGACGUCAGGCCCACGCUCGAGCUGCUAAGGAACGCUGGCAUCAAGAUCUGGAUGCUGACUGGAGACAAGCUGGAGACGGCCACAUGCAUCGCCAAGAGCUCUCACCUGGUGUCUAGGAGUCAGGACAUUCACGUCUUCAGACCGGUGUCCAACAGGAGUGAAGCUCACCUGGAGCUCAACGCCUUCAGGCGGAAACAUGACUGUGCCCUGGUUAUCUCAGGAGACUCACUGGAGGUGUGCCUGCGCUACUACGAGCACGAGUUCGUGGAGCUGGCGUGCCAGUGCCCGGCGGUGGUGUGCUGCCGCUGCUCGCCCACCCAGAAGGCCCAGAUCGUCCGGCUGCUCCAGCAGCACACCAACAACCGCACCUGUGCCAUAGGUGAUGGCGGAAACGAUGUCAGUAUGAUCCAGGCAGCAGACUGUGGCAUCGGUAUUGAGGGGAAGGAGGGAAAACAGGCGUCUCUGGCCGCCGACUUCUCCAUCACGCAGUUCAAACACAUCGGCCGGCUGCUCAUGGUCCACGGGCGGAACAGCUACAAGCGAUCGGCCGCUCUGGGACAGUUCGUCAUGCACCGCGGCAUGAUCAUCUCCACCAUGCAGGUUUUGUUUUCUUCAAUUUUCUACUUCGCCUCUGUGCCCUUAUACCAAGGAUUCCUCAUGGUGGGCUAUGCCACCAUCUACACCAUGUUCCCAGUGUUCUCCCUGGUGCUGGACCAGGACGUGAAGCCGGAGAUGGCUCUGCUCUACCCAGAGCUCUACAAGGACCUCACCAAGGGUCGCUCCUUGUCUUUCAAGACAUUCCUUAUUUGGGUGUUGAUAAGUGUGUACCAAGGGGGCAUCCUAAUGUACGGGGCGCUGCUGCUGUUCGAGUCGGAGUUUGUGCAUGUGGUGGCCAUCUCGUUCACAGCGCUGGUGCUGACCGAGCUGCUGAUGGUGGCGCUCACCGUGCGCACGUGGCACUGGCUCAUGGUGGUGGCCGAGUUCUUCAGCCUGGGCUGCUACCUGGCCUCGCUCGCCUUCCUCAACGAGUACUUCGGCAUAGGCAGAGUGUCUCUCGGAGCGUUUCUGGACUUGGGCUUCAUCACUACCAAGGCCUUCCUGUGGAAAGUGUCGGCCAUCACGGUGGUGAGCUGUCUGCCCCUGUACAUCGUCAAGUAUCUCAAGAGGAAGUUCUCUCCCCCCAGCUACUCCAAGCUGUCUUCAUGAGAGCGCCUCCUCUGAAGCACAAGACCAGACAUUUGUUAUGGCACAUACGUACAUAUAUACACUGUACUGAUACAGAACAUGGGGGAAGGAUAUUUAUGGUGGCAAAAA